CUCUUGGUAUCCUAGCAACCCUCUAAUUAUCAUCUCGAGCCUUGCGCCUCUCUUGAAAUUGUCUCUGUAACGGAAAGUAUUCCAUUAUUCUGUUUGUUAAUGUUUUUAUCGCCACCGUAGACGUUCAUACUACAUGCAGCUUCACAGGAAAAACAGAAACGAUGAAAGAAAAGCUUAGCCUGAUCUGUGACAGACUCCUGUCACACCAGCAGAUCGCUUGUUGCCAGUUAUUCUUUGGCAUACCCCAUCAUGGCAAGGACUUACUGAUUUACAAUAUCCUGGACUUGCAACAAAAGCCACUUCUGCUUAUAGGCCACCAUGGUGUCGUCAGUGCCAUGACUUUUGGUAACGCAAUGAGCCCUGUUCUGCUCUGUUCUGCAUCUGAUGAUUAUAUCAUUGUCUGGGAUGUUCAAAAGUGCCAGAAGCAAACACAGAAGGGUGAGUUGCCCACUGGAAAGGUUAUUGGUACUUUAUUGGGCAAGAUUAUCCAUCUGUCAUUCUGUUUCUGUGAUGAACGCGUGGCUGCAUGCACAGAAGCAGCUAUAUAUAUUCUUAGCCCUAAGACACAGGAAACACAGUCCAGGUUGACUGGCCACCUUGGACCGCUAACAUCAGCAGAAUUUUGUCCCUGGAAUGAAAAUGUACUUAUCAGUACAUCUGAGGACCGCACUUUUAAAGUUUGGGAUUUAAACACUGAGACUGUUGUCUACCAGUCAUUUGUUCUUUCAGCAUUUCCAUUACUCAAUGUGAUGUUUUUGGAAUCAGAAAGAUUCCUAAUUGUUGGUUCAGCUGAUGGACAGGUCUUCUGCUAUUCUAUUGGUGAUAAUCACAAGUUCAGUCCUGUAACAAAAUUGGACCUUCAAAAACUGGAGAAAAGAUAUAAAGUACAAAGACGUAACAUGAGCCAUGAAGCAGGUAACUCCAGAUCUCUACAGCAACACAAAGAGGUUGGUGAAUCAUCAACUGAGGAUAAAGUUGAAACUUCUAAACCUAUUUUGGCUUUAUUUUGCCCUUUAAGAAACAAAAACAUCAAUGAAAUCGACAACAGCUGGUUUUGUAUUGGAAGCUCUGAUGGUCUAUAUGUGGUGGAUCUGGCUACCUCAGAGCUCUCAAAGGUGUUAUUUUUUAAAGAAAUUUCCAGUUUGAGCAUCAACAUGGCAGGGGCUUGGUCAAUAUCUCCAAAAUUUGAAAACACAAUGCUGGUUUUAGUGAGUUCUUUGUUUACUCCACGUGUGGCCUUGAUGGAAAUGUGCCUGGGUGACCUAGAGAAGAUUGAGAAUGGAGAUGAAGGCCUCUCUGUGUUUCCCAGUUCUCCUCCACUGCACAGAUCCUCUCUGAAUACUGAACUAAAGAUGAAGGAACCCAGCAAUCCCAAAAAGAAAGGAAGUGUGCAGGAACAGCCGCUGGUUUUUCACUCAAAAGUGAAGUCAUCUGGAUACACCAGCUCCCCGAGACAGGUUAUGUUUUCACCAAAAACAAAUGCUCAGAAGAAAAGUCCCCCUAAAAAGAGCAAAAAUGUAUCGUCCCUCCACACAGAUUACCCAGCAGAAGAUGCCGCACCGACAAUUCCCUGCACCGAUCUGAGCCUUGUCAACAAUCAAGUCUUGUGCCUUCAACAUUCAGGUGAUGGGAAACAAAUCCUAUGUGGCCUUGAAGACAAUUCAGUGUUAAUGUACAAAUCACGUCUGACUGGAAAACCAAAGAUCUUUAUAGGACAUGACAAGCCCGUAAGAAGUGUGAGCUGGAGCCUUAGCAGACAGUACUGGCUAAGUGCAUCAGAGGAUCUGUCACUGAGAAUGUGGACUCACUGCAGCUCAGAACCAGCUAUCGUCAUGGGUGACGGUAUGUUUUCCAAGCCUAUCAGAGGAGCUCAGUUUUACUACCUUGACAAAUUUGUACUUCUGGGAUCUGGACCUUCUCUGCACUUGUACCUGUACAAUGUAGAUGUCACCUCUGACGACAUUAAAAGAUACCAUCGACGGAGUGUCUUCAAACUGGCAACACGCUUAAAGACAUCAUCAACAGAAAUUACAGCCAUGUCUGCAAUCAAUGACUUCCUCUCCUAUAUUGUUCUAGUGUGUGGUUCAGAUCGGUCUAUUCAAGUGGUGGACAUGAACAGAGGGGGCGUGGCUUCAACUAUGGCAGAGGCCCACAGCAGAAGCAUCCACUGCAUCACACAGAACAAGGGCUCCAGAUUCUGCACACAAACCUCUGAUUCAUACAACCUUUUCCUUACCAGUGCAAUCACUGAUGGCCUGAAGCUUUGGGACCUUCGCACAAUGAGGUGUGUCCGGCGCUAUGACAGCCACGUGAUCCGCUGCCACCCGUGCUUUUCUUCCAUCUCACCCUGCGGACGCUUCAUUGCCACCGGUUCAGAGGAUAACUGUGCUUACAUUUAUGAUAUCCGAAGCAGCCUCCACCUCCACAAGCUUCACAGACACACAGACACAGUUCUCAGUGUUUCAUUCAAUCCCGCCAAGCCAGAGCUGUUGACUGGAACCUUGGAUGGGAAGCUGAGAUUGUUUCAGACCAACAGCAGGCCAGAUUAGUCCCAUACCAUCACUGCAGCUUUGCACCACAUCCCCAUCACGAGCAUGUAACCCCUCAACCCAUUUAGCUCUCGUUAAGUGAACUGACACUCAAAAGACUUUGUAAGAAUUCCGAAAUGUUAAACAGUUGUUGCUUUUUGUUUAAAAAAAUAUUUUUUUAAACAUCCAAGUGGCAAAAAAAGUCCCCUGUGUGUCUCAUUCAGCUGUUUAUCUCCUCACUGCUUUUCUUUAAAAUUUUCAAAUAAAUUUACAUGUGUACUGCAGA